AUGCCAGCUUCAAAAACUCGAAAAGCUCCUGAGAGGCCGACAACACGAGCUUCUACGAAAACAGCACAUGCUAGCGGUGACAUUGCGGUUAAGCAACGUUUAAGGUCCUAUCCAAACGUUACACCCUCGUCUACCGUUUCUCCUGCGACAACGCGUGCGAGUUCUGUUGAAUCCGCGCGGGAAACAACCCACCGCAAAGCCUCUUCACGAACAAGCACUCGCUCUUGCCAUAACAACAAAAACGAUGGUGUAGUGACUCGGCGGUCUACUCUACAAAAGGAAUGCACGGAAGAAAGUGAAAUUAUUUUCGAAAGCCAUUCCUCAGAUGACGAGGCGUUUAUAACUAUGAAACAUAACUACAGAAUACAAAAGCGGCGUGCGGAUGAAAUUGUUAUUCAGUUUAAAUCACUAAAAGAGAGGAUGUUUAUUUCAAGGUUAAAUGAUCUUGAUGAAGAUAAUAACGCAAUACAAGAAGGUUGUCAUCCAAGAUUAUCAAAACAAAUGGACGAGAUUGAAGAGAAACAUAAAGCUCUUACACUAAGAGCAGAAAGACGCCGUGAAUAUCAUAAAAAUGCGAUAGAAGCUGCAUACGCCGCGACGGAAAAACAGAUACGAGACGAAUUUCUGAUUGAGGGUACACCAUUUGAUCCUAAUUAUAAGAUUUUUAAUAAGGGAUCAGAUACUACUCGCAUAUCUUUCCCUAUUAAAAAUCGAUCAUCAAACGGACAAAUGCGUACACCAAGAUCUAACAUUGAUAUUCAAUAUAUACAUUUCCAUCCGACAGGGACUAAUGAAGAAGAAAUGGCGGAGGAUUUGAUGGCAAUGCAGUUGUGGAAACCGGCAAGACUUCCGCCACUGCCAUCAUCAUCGAAAUUUCAUUCCACAACUCAACCAAAUCCAAAUAUAAUUUCUUCCACUUCUAAUGUUAUCAUAUCCCCGCCUCGACGGAAAAAAGAACCCCGUACAAAACGACCUCGUCGUAAUUCCAAUCGAGAAAGUGUUUCAGAAACACGUAGGGAAACGCCUCUUAUUUUAGCACCUAAAGAGUUUCCAAAGACUUCUUUAAGAGAAACGUCCAAAGUUUCUAAAACGAUUCACAGAGAUAUACCUAGCGAGUUACUUGGCAGGGAAACAUCAAAAGAGUUGCCCAGAAUAACAUCAAAAGAAACUCUCAAAGAUAUCGGUUUGCACAGGGAUGCCAGAGAAGUAUUUAGAGAGGUAGUUAUAGAACCGCCUAGGGAAAUAGUUAGAGAACCACCGCGAGAAUUACCUAGAGAAAUUCCAAAAGACUUAUCUACGAGCUCAUCGCAAAAUCCAAAUUCUAUUAUUGUUAGUCGGUGGCUUGCUGAAGAAGGCACAGAAGAAGAUAAUGAUUCAGACCAAUAA